CUCUCUUUUUUUUUUUUUUUUUUUUCGCCUCUGGUCGCUCGUUUUCGCCUUCAAAAGAAUUUUGAAUAAAAGAGAGGCAAUUCUUUAUUUUAUUUACUUCACUCGUUUACUUUUACUACUGUGUGAUUCCUCAUGUCUGCCGGUUUCCUACUCCAGCCAAAAUAACCUCGAUUUUCCAUUCGCAAUAGUCCCCGGGACUUUAUUUUCGACUUAAUCUAUCCAGUUCGAAUUUGCAAAGGCACAGGCACAAUGUUCAAAGACUUCACCUUUAAUCCACGACCCCGCGUCGCCUUCGAUGGCGAUGAUCGCCUCAUGGUCGACAGCGACAGUUCGCUGGUCUCCCCACUAUCCUCGCGUUGUCCAUCGCCUGGUCCUUUUACCUCGCAGCCACAGGGCCAGCGAUUUCCCCGAUCAGUGCGACCAUCUCUCCUCCGUUCCCGACAGCCCUCUCUCCCUCCGACCUCGGUCCCCGCCGACCACCAGCACGGCAGCUUAUCCAUCGAAACCCUCACCAAGAAACUCCACGAACAUACCCUCCAACAGCAGAGCCAGCACCAACAGAACCAACAACAGCUGGAUCCCAGGAAUAACGCGCAAGAAGAAUGUCUCUCACCACACUCCCUCCCCGAACUCGUCCCCGGCUCCGGACUACCAGGAUACUUCCUCACGCCUCCAGACACAGAUGUCGACCAUGACGAUGACUCUUCACUCCACGGCGACGCCGAUAACGAGUCAACACUCACCUCGCCGACCGUCUCGCAUAUCCAAACACCCUUCCUAAGCCCGACAUCCGUACCGCCCGAGUUCCUGCACACAGAUAGCAACAACACGCACGAGGCGAUCAACGUCCGCGCGCAGAGACAGCAGAUCUCGCAGAUUCAGUGCAGCGCGGCGGAUAUCGAGGCGAUUCGUCGGGCGCUGAUCUGCUGCGCGGAGGAAGAUAGUCCCAUGGACACGUUUGGUGAAUAUGAUUGCCAUCCUAGUUCUUUGCCGCCGAGGCGGUCUCCGCGUCGGAGAGCUGUUACUACGAAUCGGAGUCGGUCCCGGCCUGUGGGGGCUAGUGGUUCGGGUUCGGGCUCUGGUUCGGGUGUAAGAGCGGGAGUAGGGGAUUCGGAGCAGGGGUAUCGAGGACGACGGAAGAGUAGCUCCGGGGCAUUGCUGCCGAGUUUCUCAUCGCGGAUUGACAAGAACUACUACCCGCCGUCGUCGAGUCGGGAGAUGCGCAAGAAGAGUGAGCAGGGACUUAGGAGGAAGAGUUUGGUUAGUGCUGCGUUGGCAUCUAUGGUGGAGAAUUGUCUUUAAUGCUGUAUCUGGAUUUGUAUUUGUAUUAUAGUUCCCUUCUUGUAUAUAGUAUGCUUGUACUCGACUUGACAAAGAUACCCAUCUACCUCACCACC